AUGCCUCACCAGCAGCAACCUCUCCUCGAGUCAAAACCCAACGAGGAGCUCUCAGAGAAGCUGCCAGUCCCCUCAAAGACUGUCUCUAUCCCGAAACCUCAGGUUCACCUCCCUUCGGUGAGAAAGGUGUCGGUGGAGCAGAAGAAACCUGUGCAAUGGAACACAAUGAACUUGGGAUUGCGACUAGGCGCGGAUGUUACCUCUGCUGCCAGCGCUUCAGCGUUGAUUGCCCCUAUCAUAACUGUUAUAGACCGCUCCAUAGUUGAGAAAGCUGCGAAUGGCACGUCCUUCUCAUCCUGCCUCCUGCGCUCCUUGCACCCAGCGAUCACCCGCCCCCAUGCGUUCAUCUUCUCCAGGCCAUUCCUGCUGAUCUUCACGCUGUAUUUCUCGACCUACACGACAGCCAACGCCGUCGACACGCUGCACUCGACCGUCACGUCAAAGCCGGCCUCCACAGUCUCUUCCGGCGCGACCAAAUUCCUCGCGACCUCCUCGGUGAACAUGAGCCUGUGUGUGUACAAGGAUUCGUGUUUCGCGAGGAUGUUUGGAGCAACAGCCCCGUCGUCGUCACCGGCAGCCGCCGUUGUCCCCAAACUCUCCUACGCCCUCUUCGCCGUGCGGGACUGUUUGACCAUCUUCGCGUCCUUCAACCUCCCAUCCAUCAUUGCACCGCAACUCGCGAACCUCCCGCCCGAAGUAAGGUCGCGGUUUUCUCGCAUUCUCUCCACGGAGUCCGGGAGGAUGAAUACGGCCCAGUUCAUGGCGCCGGCUGCCAUUCAGUUGAUUUCAACCCCGAUCCAUCUGCUAGGGUUGGAUCUGUACAAUAGACAAGGUCGGUUAGGUUUUGGAGAGCGAUACUCCCGGGUCGUCAGGGAUUGGGGUGUCAGUGCCUUGGCUCGGAUGGGGAGGAUCAUUCCUGCUUUCGGUGUUGGCGGCGUCGUUAAUUCAAACAUGCGGAGAAAAUUCAUGACCCAGAUCGAAGAUUAA